AUGAAGCUUUUCACAUACCUGGCACUGAUGCUCAUUGUGGGCCUAUCGAAUGGCCAGAGUCUUCCUUUCGACGCGAGGGAAGCGACAAUAUCAUCCGUCCAUUCAGCCCUAUUCCCUAGACAAACAACUUGCCGAGCAGUUGUCUCCUCCUUCAUUGCACGUAUUGAGGCGCACAAUCCACUUAUCAACGCCAUCAUUGCUCUCAAUCCGGAUGCCCUCAGCACUGCGGACGCCCUUGACGAAGCUCUCGCUUCAGGGAAUGCCACAGGACUACUGUUCUGUAUCCCCAUCUUGUUGAAAGACAACUACGAUGCCGUGCCAAUGGCCACUACAGCCGGAAGUCUUGCGCUCAACGCUUCUACACCUCUUCAGGACGGGCCCACGGUGUCAGCAUUUCGCGCUGCAGGUGCAGUUAUCCUGGGGAAAACGAAUCUUCAUGAAUUUGCUCUUGAAGGUCUCGGCGUAUCAUCUCUUGGUGGUCAGACGCUCAAUCCGUACGACCUGACUCGCACAGCAGGAGGGAGCUCCAGUGGCACAGGAGCCGCAAUCGCAGCAUCCUUUGCAGUGUUUGGCACCGGCACAGACACUGUUAAUUCCCUUCGGAGUCCUGCAAGUGCAAAUAGUCUCUACAGCUUCCGUCCAACACGAGGAUUGAUCUCUCGAGCAGGUAUUAUUCCUGUUUCCUUUACACAAGAUACCGCCGGAGCCAUUGGUAGAAGUCUAUCAGACAUUGCAACCGCCUUGACCGUCAUGGCGAGUGUAGGUCAGGAUGGCGCAGACAACGACACCUCUGCAAUUCCUGCAUCUGUCAUUGGAACCGACUACACCAGCUUCCUUUCGUCACAAGGAAGUGCCGCAAACCUCACCGGAACACGCAUCGGCGUUCUGGAAGGUUUCUUCAACCAUACCGCAAGCAACGAAACAACGCCAGUGAACAAGCUCAUGGAGUCCGUGAUGUCCCGACUCCGAAAGCAGGGCGCCACUAUGGUGCCCAUUACCGACACGGCAACCUACGACGCGACCGCCAUCGCCACGCAGCUCGAUGUCCAGCCAUACGAAUUUCGCGAGCUUCUCUCGCAAUACCUCUCAUCCCCCAGCCUUCGCGGCCCGCACCCUCGCAGCAUGUCUGAGAUCUACGUCAAGAAUUACAACACAACAUCUCCGAAUUUUGUCGUAAUCCCACACCAGUACCAACACAUCCAGAGAGCAUUAGUGUCCUCGACCUCCGACAGCAGUUACAUCGGUCAAAAGGCCCAAAUCGCGAAACUCACACAAACACUACACUCGACCAUGCACGACCUCCAGCUCUCUGCACUCAUCUACCCCGAACAGAAGAACCUUGUUGUACCCGUCGGCUCGGCGUCACAGGUAGGCCGCAACGGCAUUUUAGCGGCCCUGACAGGGUCACCGGUGAUCACGAUCCCAAUCGGAUUUUCGGAGCCAAGCGACACCGCACCUAUUGGUAUUCCUGUCGGCAUGGAGAUCCUCGGCCUCCCAUUCAGCGAGGGUAAAUUAUUGUGGAUCGCCAAAGGCAUUGAUGACAGGCUACACGCCCGCAGAAUGCCCGUCACUGCUGGGUUAAAUGGCACUCUCGAUGCAACCAUCGCGUAUUACACGGAGGUCCCGAGCGUGACGCCGUUGAAGAACAUCCCCACGACUUAUCCACUUGGACGCUUCUGA